AUUCGUCAGCAGCCAUGAAGAAGAAGGCCAAAACACUUCUUUUCCUACUCACCCUCUCAUUAUUUUUAUGCAAGCUGCCGGUGCUCCAUGGAAAACAAAGCGACAACGAUGGCCCACAGAGCAACACAAUCACCUUCACGGACGAAGACCUCAGUGGAAUUGAAGUCCCUCACAACGACCGCCUUGUGGUCUCCAUGACCGUCGCAAACUCUACAAGACUGGACAAGAUUCUCGUGGCCAACGGCGCUUCAGCCAACGUUCUUUUCUUCCACGCUUUAAAGCGAUUAGGGUUUAACGAGAGAGACGUGGAGAAGGUGGAGAUUCCCCGUGAUUAUGUAGACCCUAAGUCGUUUUUGGGGAUAAUAGCUCUCCCGGUGACGAUUGGGGACGAGCCGAGAUCGAGCACGGUCAUGGUGGACUUCUGGGUGCAUGCGGGCUACUCCUUUGCAGCAUACGACGCCAUUUUUGGCAUACCGGGGUUAAGCGCACUGCGGGGAGUAUCGUCUACUUACCACCUUCUCCUCCGGUUCCCUACAGAAGCCGGAAUCGGACAAGUUCGAGGCAAUCAGCUGCUAGCUAGAAAGUUGGUGAAGAAGCUCCUGCAGAUGCAAGUGAAGGCCGGGGACGUUGACACCCAUUUGAACUGGUUGGUGGCUUUAAUACCGUUACUUAUUAUGGUUUUUGCAAGAGGCAAUGUCCAUCCCUUGCUCUAAUCAGGUGCUGGCAGUGGGAUGCAAUAUCUGCAAGCAAAGACCAAGGGCAUUGACAGUGGCAACCCUUAGAUUAUUUGUUUUGGAGUUUCUUUAGCUGUUUUGUGUUUUUCUUUUUCUUGGAGUUGGGUUGCCCAAGGAUGGAUUGUAUAUGCAGAGCUUUUAACAUGAUUUUGGAAAUUAAACUCUCAAUGUUUUGG